UCCGUAGUUUUUCUUUUUUUUAAUUGAAUUAAAAAAAUGUUCUGGUUCCUGAUUGAUGUGUACCAGUUUCUAUUUGGUGCGCACCCGCUACUAACUAGAAAUCUUUUUUAAUUUUUUUUUUCAAUUUUUGGAAAAAAGAAAAAAUAUCCACUCUAAUUUUUUUUCAUUUUCCGUUUAGGGGCUCCGUACCUUUGGGAGUAAUACACACAAUAAAUAUUUUAGAAAAAAUGUUUUCUAAAUAUUUCCCACCGUUUGGUUGAACAGGCGUUGAGAGUUAAUACAUUAACUAAAAUCCUUAUUUAAUAAAAAAUAUUCUUAUAAAAUAACACAUUUUAACUGAAAAGUUUAAAAAUAAGUUGCUAAUUCUGAGGCGUCACUAUGACACCUUGUUAAAACCAAAUAUGUACGCUCAUUAGCAUGCCCUUUAAACAUGUUUAUCUCCAGAAAAGGUUUUGUGUUGACCCUUUGCGUCCACAUUAGCCGUCAUUGUGCAGGAAUGUCCUAACAAACCGGACAAAGACAUAUCCCCACUUCCUCAAAAACGUCCUGGAGAUGUUCUGGAACAGGCUAAUUAGUGGUCGUGAGCUUCAAAUGAGGCGAGUUUUUGUUGGUUUUAGUGAUGUCAGAAGAAUGAUGAUGUGGACCAGACAGAACCGUAUAAAAGAACUCCGUUUGAUCCCUGAGGAGAAAAGAAGAUCAGACUUGACGGCAGACAGAAGAAGAUGUGGGACCACUCCAAGUUCUGCAGAGCAGCUGGAAUGGAGACGGCCAACAAGAAAGCCCUGCUCCUCCUGGUGAUGCUGCUCGUGUCUCCGGCGGCCUGCGACCCUCACAGCGUGGCGGAGUGCUGCCGACAGCCGUCCCGGUCCUGUCCGCUGUACGUGCUGUUCUGCCGCUCCGGCAGUAAGAGUUUCGGUGGCGCCCGCUCAGGAGAUGCUGCCGCCGGGAUCCUCACUCUGGGGAAGCGGAACGAGGAGGAGCAUCGCCUGCUGAGCCGCCUCCAGCAACUCCUUCACGGCCCAAAGAACCAAGCGGCGGGAAUCCUGACCAUGGGGAAGAGGACGGAGGAGAUGGCGGGGGAGGAGUACAUGAAGUGGUUGGCCCUGUCCAAAACCACGAUCGUGACUCCUUUUCCUUUCUAGAACUGAUUAUACUCGGACAAUCGUUUUGAAAAACUGCAUUUUUUUUUCUUCUGUACAGAAUUUCCUUUAUUUUCUUACAUUUUAAUGUCAGAAAACUUCUUUAGUACAUCUAAAAUGACGACUCAAUAAAAAUCUUUGUGCUGUGUCUGUUUCCAAGAACUUUCUUUGCAGCCAAUCACAUUCAUAGAAGUCCAGACUUUUCUCUGGUCCAUCUUUCUUCCUUCUGGCUCUUCGCUAACCACCAUUAGCAUCUGGACUCUAGGGUAUCAGGUCAGAGGUCAUCCCGAGCAUGCAAGAUGUCUCCGGCCCGAGGCCUAACCACCAAAAAACUACCAAAUACUCAUACUAAAAUUUCAAAUUCUCUACUAAAUCUUUCAGGAUCUCUCCUUAUUGAAAAACGGUUUAAUUCCUACAAUCAAGCAAGAAUUCUGCUCUUCACAGACCUUUAACUUCUUCUAUGCUCCACUCGUUACCUGUAUUACUGACACCUGUUUGAACUGCUUAUGUUAUCUGUAGAAAAGUCCACUAUCUCCACAUCAGACUGAAACCUCUCCACAAGGCCAAAGAGCUGUCGAAGGACACCAAGAUUGAAGACCUGAACAAGAGUGGAGUGAACUAAUCUGUAAAAAAAGCAGCUUGUUGAGAACAGAUCAACUGUUGGAGAAGAAGAUCUCUAACAAUCUUCUUCUACCUGGAGCUCCAUGAAAGAUCUCACCUGG